UUUAGAUUGUUACAGAACGUUUAGCCUAUAUAUAAAGUUUGUGUAUAAUUUAGAAAAAAAUGCAAGAUAUUUGGUUUGAAAAUUAAGAUCCCUCUUCUUAUGUAUGGGAAAAAGAAAAAAGUGCCUGAAGCGCCAUUCAACGCAGCUCGCAUUGUUCCUAGUCUACUAAACAGUGUAGAUACUGUAGCUACUGUAGGGCUCGCUCGGCUACUUGCCCCGCCCCAUCUGCAGUCUCAUUGGUCCUUGCCAAGCCUAUAAAUCCACUUACUGUAGCGACCUACGUAGGAAAGCGGAAUAAGCAAAUCCGAGGAGGAUGCGCACAUCACGCCAUCAUCACUCAUGCUGCUGAAGCCGGUAGUGAUCGAAAAGAUGGACCCAAUUCAAACUGAUAAAGUGUAAUUACAGUGUCUUAUCUGCGUUAUUAUCAAGUGGAUCAUCAUCAUCUCUUUGUCUCAUACGCUUACAGCAUCCGGAAGAGAUUUAGCCUACGCAUCUAGUCCAAUUUGAAGUGUAAUCGUUUAUGUCUAAGUGAAGAGUGUUAAUUUAGUCGAAAUGGUGGCAGGUGAGCUUCUUCAAGAGCAGCAUGUUCUGCCUAACAGUAAACCUGAAGGCGCUGUCACUGAAGGAAAUACAAACGAGGACAGCGCCUACAAGGAGCUUUCCAAUGGAUCGGUCCAUAUAACGCUGGAUCCAAAGGUGCAGAAACUGGAGCUUCCACCACCGGACGAAAAAGAGGCGAUGCUGCCCGGCGAACAGAAUAACGAAACGCUGGAGACGAGGCUCUACUGGAAGCGGUUUGCCGUUCUCGCGGUGUUCAGCCUCUAUUCGCUCGUCAACGCCUUUCAGUGGAUCCAGUACAGCAUCAUUUCAAACAUCUUCGUGGACUAUUACAGUGUGUCAAGCACCACGAUUGACUGGCUCUCCAUUGUCUAUAUGGUCGCGUAUGUACCUUUAAUCUUCCCCGCGACGUGGCUGUUGGAUAAGAAGGGGCUGCGGAUGACGGCGUUGUUAGGGGCCGGGUUGAAUGCCCUGGGCGCGUGGGUAAAGUGCGCCAGCGUGGGGCCCGGCCUGUUCUGGGUCACCAUGACCGCACAGGUCAUAUGCUCUGUGGCACAGGUGUUCAUCCUCGGCCUCCCCUCCAGAAUCGCGUCGGUUUGGUUCGGCCCGAGAGAAGUUUCCACGGCCUGUGCCACAGCGGUGUUGGGAAACCAGCUUGGUGUAGCCAUAGGUUUCCUCCUCCCACCUGUACUGGUUCCCAACACAGCUGACGACAAAGAUCUCAUGGGGCACAACAUCAGCAUAAUGUUCUAUGGAACAGCUGGACUUUCAACUCUGUUCUUCCUUCUAACAAUAUUUGUCGUCAAGGACAGACCUCCACUCCCACCCAGCAAAGCACAAGCUGUUCUCUCCACCGUUCCAGCUGAAGACUAUUCAUACAAGAAAUCAAUCAUCAACCUCUUCAAGAACAAGCCCUUCAUUCUGCUCCUCAUCAGCUAUGGCAUCAUGACCGGAUCAUUUUACUCUGUAUCUACACUUCUCAAUCAAAUGAUGAUUACUCAUUAUCCGGGUGAAGAGCUAAACACAGGGAGAAUUGGCUUGACUUUGGUGGUGGCUGGAAUGCUUGGCUCCAUACUGUGUGGAAUCUGGUUGGAUCGUACUAAAACCUAUAAAUUGACUACACUGACCGUCUACAUCCUAUCCUUCGUUGGAAUGGUGGUGUUCACAUUCACGCUGAACUUGGACCAUCUGCUUGUUAUCUUUUUUACUGCUGGUGCCCUAGGUUCUUUUCAAAAGUUUUUUAUGACUGGUUACCUUCCCAUUGGCUUCGAAUUUGGUGUUGAAAUCACAUACCCUGAGUCGGAAGGCACGUCAUCUGGUCUUCUGAAUGCAUUUGCACAGGUGUUCGGCAUCAUUUUUACUCUCAUCCAAGGGCAACUUACCACAGACUAUAGCCCACUCAUUGGAAACAUUUUCUUGUGUGCUUGGAUCCUCCUUGGCAUUGUUUUAACAGCUCUGAUUAAAUCAGACCUCAAAAGACACGGCGUCAAUGUGAGCAAUAUAAACAAAGGACAAGCCGUUCCCACUGAGCUGCCUUCUGAAAAAGUGUCCAGUAACCUCAAGUUAGAGUCUUCUAGCUUACAUCGUGAGACUUCAAUUUAAGACUUAAACAUCUCCAACAGCACAGCAGACAUCACAACAGAUCACAGACUCUCCUGAGAUGACUUGAAAUCUCCUUAUUUUGUUUUAAAAGCAAAAUUUUCGCACAGUGAUGAGUGUUCACAAAUAUGCUCUGAAUUAAUUUCUCCAAAUGUACGCUGAAAUGUGCGAUACAGGCAUAGUACUUUUUAUUUGUUUCAAGAAUUGUGGACCAAAUGUUAGGUAUUUAACAGGGCUUGUUAUGCCCAUAUGCACAAUCCGGUUAGUGUGAUUGGAACAGCAUGUUUGUUUGCUUCGUCUCAAAGGACCUUUCCGACUGUGUGCUACUGUAAAGCAUUGUUGUUCAUUUCUCACAUCUGCUGUUGCAUUGCAUUCCACAAAGACUAUAAAUUCCCGUUGUAUCAAUUCAGGAUGAUUAGGAUUGCCCAUGCAUUAAAUGAAGAGUGUUCUGUAAACCAAAAUGGUCUAUCAUGAAAAAUUCACUUACCAUGAAGAGACUGAUGUCAUUUUAAGUGCUUAUGCAGUCAUUGUGAGUUAAAAGCAAAUGCGUAGUGCUUUUUUGACCCGAAAAACAUAAAAGAACAUUACACUUGUUUAGUCUUUUCCAGAGAGCACAUUAAGAAUGUUUCAUUCAAAAAAGAAUGUUUACCAUUUACAAGAGUGUAUCGCUGCCAAGCCUAGUGAGGUUUAAUGAAAAUGUCACACCUCAGACGUGUGGUAGAAAGAGAAGCACUAUUAUUUUAUAAGCCUAGGUUUGCCUUUUAUGGAUUAUUUUUUUGUAUUUUGUGAAGCAUAUUUAUUGGAAAGAUUGCUAUUUCAGCAUAUUUUUUGGUAUUAAGUUUUGGAUUCAGUUUGUACUGUUUCUACUUAGUAUACUUGUUGGUUAAAGAAGGCAGCUGUGCAAACUUCACUGGGAAGAUUCACUGUAAAGUAAAACUGUGCAGGAACUCAUUUGCAUUACAAUCUGGACACUGGAGAAGUGGAAAUGUGUCAUGUUUCUAUCACUGCUGUCGUAAAAUAAUAAAAAGAAUCUUGUUAAAAUUAA